AUGUGGUUCGCAGUAAUUAUUGGGGUGGUUGCUCUCGUACCGUCCCCGCUGGUGGCUGACGAGCACUGGUGGCAGCAUGCCAACUUCUAUCAGAUCUAUCCACGAUCGUUCAAAGACAGCGAUGGUGACGGCGUGGGAGAUUUGCGCGGCAUCAUGGAAAAGGUGCCGUACCUGCGACACGAGCUGGGUAUCGAUGCGGUAUGGCUGUCGCCGAUCUUUAAAUCACCGAUGGCCGACUUUGGCUACGACAUAUCCGAUUUUCGCGAUGUACACUCGGAGUUUGGUACGAUUGCCGAUUUGGAGGCACUGGCGACCACCUGCAAUGCGGAAGGUCUUAAGCUGAUCCUGGACUUCGUUCCCAAUCACAGCAGCGACGAGAGUGAAUGGUUCAUAAAGUCCGCCCAGAAGGACCCAACGUACAGUGAUUACUACGUUUGGCAUCCGGGGAAAACGUUGGCCAACGGGACGCGUGUGCCACCGUCGAACUGGGUGAGCGUAUUCCGUGGACCAGCCUGGGAGUGGAAUGACGUCCGGAAGGAGUACUAUCUGCAUCAGUUCUUGGUGAAGCAGCCCGACCUAAACUAUCGGAAUCCGGCACUGGUACAGGAAAUGAAGGAUGUUAUUACAUUCUGGCUAGAUAAAGGUGUGCACGGAUUCCGUAUCGAUGCCGUACCGUACCUCUUCGAGUCCACCCCUACCAAUAACGUUUAUCCGGAUGAGGAAAAGAGCGGCGACACCGAUGACCCGGACAAUCCGGUGUACUUGGUCCAUACGCAUACGCAAAACCUGAACGAAACUUUCGACAUGGUAUACCAGUGGCGGAAGGUCGUCGAUGACUACAAAGCGGAGAAACAGUCCGAAGAUAUAGUGCUGAUGGCAGAGGCCUACACGCCCUUGAUGAACAUCAUUCGGCUGUUUGGUGAUGAGCGGUCGGAAGGAGCGCACGUUCCGUUCAAUUUUGAGGUCCUCAGCAACACGUUCAAGGAUACGACGGGAGCACAAUUUUAUGCCAACAUCAAACGAUGGCUCGAUGUGGUGCCCUCAAAUCGGUUCUCCAACUGGGUGCUCGGAAAUCACGAUAACAAACGGGUGGCGUCUCGGCUAGGCGUCGCGCGUGCAGACCUUUAUCAGAUUGCCUUAAACGUGCUACCGGGCAUUGCUGUCACGUUCAACGGGGACGAGCUAGCGAUGGAGGACGUGUUCAUCUCGUGGAAGGAUACUAUUGAUCCGGCGGCCUGCAAUUCUAACCCGAAAGACUAUAUGAUGUAUAGCCGCGAUCCGGUCCGAACACCGUUCCAGUGGGACGAUUCCGUUAGUGCGGGUUUCUCCACGAGUCGCACCACGUGGCUUCCGGUUGCAUCGAACUACAAAACGCUCAACUACAAAGCCCAGAAAGCGGCUCCACGCUCGCAUGUGAAAAUAUUCAAAGCGCUCGUCCGACUGCGCAAGCAACGCACACUGCGCGAAGGAGGGAUGGAGAUGCAGCUUGUAGGGGAUAACAUAAUCGUGAUCAGGCGGCACCUGGAAGGCGUGAGCACCAUUGUGGUCGUGCUGAACUUUAACAAAACAACGCAAACCAUUAAACUGUCGUCCGUUUACGAAGGAUUGCCAUCCGCGUUCGAGGUGAUUACCUCCUCGAUGCAGACAAACUACAUCGAUGGAAUGGUCGUGGGAAGAGACGAAAUCGUUCUGCCCGCCGAUGCAGCAAUCGUUCUGGAGGGAAACGUUGCGAAUGGCGUUUAA